AUGCCCAAGAGGAUCCAGAUCCUGUUACUGAUCAGAACUGUGGACACCACCCUGGCCACUUCCUCCUGCCCAUUCAGAAACAUCAAUGCUAAUGGCAUAGAAACCAGGGACAGGGCGGAUAAGCCCUGCGGUGUCCCAAUCGUGCCCUGCUCCGAAGCGACCCCCGCAGCAGUCUCCCCCAGCAAGAGGCCUCGGUCUGAGCAGCACCAGGAGUCCCCCGUGCGCCUCCGCUUCACGCGCCUCUCAGAGCAUACCACAGCCCCAUCCAAGGGGUCUGCGCGGGCUGCGGACUAUGAUCUCUACAGUGCCUAUGAUUAUACAAUACUGGCCAUGGAGAAAGCCCUUGUGAAAACAGACAUUCAGAUCUCUCUCGCUCCUGGGUGUUAUGGUAGAGUUGCUCCACGUUCUGGCUUGGCUGCAAAACAUUUCAUAGAUGUAGGAGCUGGUGUCAUAGAUGAAGAUUACAGAGGAAAUGUUGGUGUUGUUCUAUUUAACUUUGGCAAAGAAACAUUUGAAGUGAAGAAAGGUGAUCGGAUUGCACAGCUGAUUUGUGAAUGGGUUUUUUAUGCAGAACUUGAAGAAGUCCAAGGCCUAGAUGACACUGAACGUGGAUCAGGAGGUUUUGGUUCUACUGGUCAGAACUAA